GCCCUCCAGUCCGCAGCCCCCUUCGUCUGGGCCCGCCUCUCGCAACGAGAUCGCGGGGAGGGGCCGAGGCGAAACCCGAGCCUGACGCCCACCACCCGGCCUGGCGACGUGGCUCGGCGGCCCUGGCCUCCCCCGCCAGCGCCCCGGCCAAUGGGCGCGUGAGUGGGGCGGCCCGAGCCUCUCCGCGCCAGCCGGGCGCGCCCCUUGCUGGGGAGGGGACAGCUGCAGCGGUGCUGCGAACCCCUACUGCCCCACCACCUUCCUCUGCUCGCGACCAUGGCGCGCGGUGGCCGCCUGGGACUCGCCCUGGGGCUGCUGCUGGCGCUGGCGCUGACGCUGCGGGCCAAGCCCACGGUGCGCAAGGAGCGCGUGGUGCGGCCCGACUCGGAGCUGGGCGAGCGGCCGGCCGAGGACAACCAGAGCUUCCAGUACGAUCACGAGGCCUUCCUGGGCAAAGAGGACUCCAAGACCUUCGAUCAGCUCAGCCCGGAGGAGAGCAAGGAGAGGCUGGGGAAAAUUGUUGAUCGAAUUGACAGUGAUGGAGAUGGCUUAGUCACCACUGAGGAGCUGAAAGUUUGGAUCAAACGGGUACAGAAAAGAUACAUCUAUGAUAAUGUCGCUAAAGUCUGGAAGGAUUAUGAUAGGGACAAAGACGAAAAGAUCUCCUGGGAAGAAUACAAGCAGGCUACCUACGGCUACUACCUAGGAAACCCCACCGAGUUCCAGGACAGCUCUGACCAUCACACCUUCAAAAAGAUGCUGCCCCGGGACGAGAGGAGGUUUAAGGCCUCAGACCUGGAUGGAGACCUGACAGCCACGCGGGAGGAGUUCACUGCCUUUCUGCACCCAGAGGAGUUUGAACACAUGAAGGAAAUUGUAGUUUUGGAAACGCUGGAGGACAUUGACAAGAACGGGGAUGGUUUUGUGGACCAGGACGAGUACAUUGCGGACAUGUUUUCCCACGAGGACAACGGCCCUGAGCCGGACUGGGUUUUGUCAGAACGGGAGCAGUUCAAUGACUUCCGAGACCUGAACAAGGAUGGGAAGCUGGACAAGGACGAGAUUCGCCACUGGAUCCUCCCACAGGACUAUGACCACGCGCAGGCCGAGGCCCGACACCUGGUUUACGAGUCGGAUAAAAACAAGGAUGAGAAGCUAACCAAGGAGGAGAUUCUAGACAACUGGAACAUGUUUGUGGGAAGCCAAGCUACCAAUUACGGGGAAGACCUCACAAAAAAUCACGAUGAACUUUGAAAGGCGCUCAUCCUGACGUGGCUGACUGUCAGGGGCAUUCUUCAGGUGUUCGGGGUGGUGGCUGCAGUUGUCCGGUGUACAGCAGUUGUGUCCCCAAACAAUGAGAUUACACCUCAGAUUGGGGUAAACGUUAGUUUUCAUUCCAUAUUUACUGGAAAAUAGCCAUCGCAGUUUAUUCCAGUAGGCUCUUCCCUGAAGCACAUGAAAAUCUUGGCAACUAAAGGAACGGGGACGGGAAUGUGAAAGGGUUCUGUUCCUGGGGCAGGGGGCACACUGUACAGACUGUGUACCGACUGCUGUGUAUUUGGAAGAUUAGAUUUGGGACCUUUUAGCUGCCGCUGUUAAACAGUGGGGAAGGUAAAUGCUGAAGGAGUACACGUUGUGUUGCCCUAGGUCGGCUAACCUUGGAGCAGCCAUGGUAUUUCGAAGCCUUUCUAUCUUAAGCUGUUACUGUAAAUGGCAUAUAAACUUUCGUGUGUUUUCUGUAUGGGCCUGCUAGUGUGCACAGUGGCCCCACAUCUUUCUUGUGUUUGUUUUUAUACUAAGAAGCAAUCCAAAAAGAUAAUGUGAACAAGACAGGAAUUGAGAGACCGGGAAACGAUGAAUACUAGGAGUUUGCGUAGUCAACACUUUAAAUAUACUUGAGAAAUUGUUUUCCAUGUUAACGAGUGGGUCUGGUUUUUGAAGUGGGGAAUAGACAUACCUUUCUCUCCUGGGUGUGAGGCUGUGGAGUCCAAGAGAAACCAGAUGCAGUGGCGUGCCUUGUUUGUUCCUGCACAGCUUAUGCCAAGGAAACAGGACGAGGCGAUAAUCUAAGCCAAUGACCAAACCGUCUGGAGUAACCAUUUACAGAUGAAAUUCCACCUUGUAAACCGGGUGGAUGGAGUAAAAGCUACCCUUGAGGAUUUCCCCAUGUGUCUCGUGCUGUUUGACUUCACAGAAAGUGUGGUUUCAUUGUCCCUCUCAAAUUAAACAGUAAAAGGAAUACGUGAAUCAGAUUGAAAUC